AUGUUGCGCCAGAAAGCUUUGGAAGAAGUUCUUGGACAAGUGAACACCGCUGGAGUAACUGGAGCCUUAUUAUUCAAUCGAGAAGGGCUUUUGUUGGCCUAUAAUGGUUACGGUGAUAAUAAGGACCAUGCAAAUAUUUCUGCAGCCCUAAUUUCCAGUAUAUGGGAGUCGUUUGAUAAAAAAGGCGGACGAGAAGAUUUACAGGAGUCAAUUAUAGUAUGCGAAGAUGGAAUUGUGGCUGCAACUCGAGUAGCGAAUAUGUUGCUUGCCGUUGAAAGCGACCAGAAACUGUCAGUUGGGUCUAUUACGUGCCAAGCUUCAUGCUCUUGCCAAGUACCUCGAUGGUCCAAUCUCGGUGGUCUCAAGGAAUGUCUAACGGUAUGUUUUCGUCAUAAG